ACCGCUACAGGGUAACACCCAGAAAAUGGAGACUCAACAUAGCAGAACGGACUGUAGACAAAACUACUCCUCCUUAAGGGUUGUCGAAUGCUGGAAUUCGCUGCCGGCCGAGAUAGUCCAAGCGACUACCCAGUAGUCCUUUUAGAGGCAACUUGAUCUAUUAUUAAGGACUAAGGAUAUUAUCAUACUAUGAUUUACCAAUUUCUUUUUCCUCUUUCAUUGUUAACAUACCUAGGUUCCUGCCUGGAAGUUUUGGUGAUCCACUGAUACUAGACACGGAAGCUCGUUAAGCGAAAGCUUCUUCUAUUCCGUCCACAACCAUUUGAACUGGAAUUCUCUACAGGAACACGUAAUAUCAGCACCUUCUGUUAAUAUAUUCAAAACGAGAUCGAGCCUCAACAUUAUUACGAACUGCAAGGAUUAAUAUAGGUCGAUAGACCUCCUAUCCUUAUUUCUGAAGACUGAAAAUUUGUUUAUUGAUAGCGGAUGUAGAAACACUGAACGGCCUUUUCGUGCGGAAUUUUGGGAUGUUAGGAUGAACGUUGGUGCAAAUUUCCCUUCCGCUGAGUCUGUGGAUUUCUCUUAUAUUGAAUACAAGAGUAAUUAUAUCAAUAAUUCAGACAAAUCACCAAUGAUACCUUUUAUGAAUUAUCAGCGUUUGUUUGUUGGUCUACUACCUUCGUCGUAUUUAAGAUCUAGCUAUCAUCGAAUGCUAAGAAGAGUUAUCUAUUUGUGCAUCGGUAUCACACUUCUAUUAUUUUUAUGUAGGCUACUUCAAUGUAAUCAUGACAAUAAAUUUACAGGUCGUGUAUCUAUAUCCCCGGACCCUUGGAGUAAAACACGUUUUACACAUAUAAGUGAUAACGCAGGAGUAGCAACGACAAAAACCAACUAUGUAUAUGGUGUUGUGUUCGACGCUGGAAGCACUGGAAGCCGUGUUCACAUAUUCAAACUAGUUCAUAAUCCCUUAGAUCCUUUCAAACCGUUUAAACUAUUGGAUGAUAAAUAUCAUCAUGUUCAACCUGGUUUAUCUUCAUAUGCGGAAAAACCAGAGGAGGCAGCAUUAAGUUUAACGAAAUUAAUUAAUAUUGCUGAAACUAGUCUUCCUGUUGAUGUGUGUCGUAAUACUCCAGUUAUUUUAAGAGCUACUGCUGGUCUUCGUCUAAUUUCUGCGCAUAAAGCAGAGAAUAUUUUAAAAGCUGUACGACAUAGAUUAUCUCAAACUUGUUUUAAACAAUUACCUAACGCUGUAACUAUUAUGGAUGGAUUUUAUGAAGGUCUAUAUUUAUGGUUGACAUUAAACUUUCUCAAUAAUCGUUUAUCAAAUGGAAAAGCACAAAAGAAUCAUGCAGUGAUUGAAAAUUCACUUACACAAACAAUUGGUACAUUAGAUCUAGGUGGAGGUUCUACACAAAUCACAUUUAUUCCCACUGAGUUAAAUACGCUCAACAAUGCACCUGAUAAUUUUAUUACAUAUUUUGACGUACAAAAUAGUAAUGAUAAACCGAAACAAAAGAUCUAUUCACAUAGUUACUUAGGCCUAGGACUAAUGUCUGCACGUUAUUCAAUGUUAUAUAAUGCAACUGAACAUUUUAAGUUAAUUACUGAAGGAAAGAAAGAGUUUUUUCAUCCUUGCUGGCCUAAUAAUGUAACUCUUAAAUGGAAUCAUGCCGGUAAAGAUUGGCAAAUCAGUCGUAUGAAUCAUUCAAUGUCUAAAUCUUUAUUAUCAUUUAUUAAAACAAAAUCAAUUUAUCAUCAUCAAGCAGCAAUUGAACCGGUCAAUGUUAAUGCUAAUAAUAUUGAUAAUGAUCAUCUAAUGUUGUGCUAUGCUUUAGCAGUGAAUGUAUUACAAAAUCCUGUUGAAGGUGAUAUAAAUGUUAUCAGAUAUCCACCAAACAAUAAUAUUGUUCAUCAACCAGUGGAAGUGAAAACACGUGAAUUUUAUGCAUUUUCAUAUUAUUUCGAUUUAGCUGUUAGUGUUGGUUUAAUACAUGAAAAUACUGGUGGAUUUCUUACAGUGAAUGAUUUUCAAAAUGCUGCUGAACGAGUUUGUCGUAACCCAAAUCCUCAGAAACCAUUCGAUUGCAUGGAUCUUAGUUUUAUCACUGCAUUAUUGCAUAGUGGUUAUGGGUUCCCGUCAGAUAAAAAAAUUGGAUUUUUUAAAAAAGUCAAUUCUUUUGAAAUUAAUUGGAGUCUUGGUGCCUUAUUUUCAGAAAUGUAUCAUAAAUAAAACUGCCUGAGAAAAUAAAGGAUAUUACAUUCAUUACAACAUUAUUGUUCUUUACUUUGUAUGAUACAUACAUUAGUUAUAUCGAUCAGAUUUCUUUUCUUUUAUAUAUAUUUGAAGAAAAAAAAGUUUUAUGAACUCCAUAUUCUUUUUUUUUAAAUCUAUUUUUAUCAACUUCCUUAAUACCUACCUACCCACCUACCUGCCUACUACUACUACUACUACUACUACUGUUAGUAACAAUAGGGUCUAUAUUGUUUUUUUUAAAUGGUAUGUUGUUGUAUGACAACUAUUUAAUGCAAUGAUUGCAUAUAUAUAUGUUAAAUUUUAAUCCUGUUUUUGUUCUCUUCUUUUCUUUUUGUUUAUUCAUUUACUUUACAUUUACGUACGUAACAUUCAAUGAAUCUAAUAAGUAUUUGUUAUAAUGAAUCCAACUGGAAAAACUUUUUUUUUCAUCCUUUAAAAUUGCUCAGAUCAAAUGUUAACACCGUUUAUUUUCAGCUCUUAAAUUGUUCUUUUUUUUCUCUCUCUCUCUUCUGUUUCUGAGUGUAGAUAAAGUCUUUUCAUUAUCAUUUUAAAAAAAGAGAUUAUUUAGUUGAUAUUCUCAGCAUAGUCAACUAUUCAAAUCUAGUUCGAUCUGAUUCUUUCAAUAUAAUCUUAGAACGUUAUCUUAAUACUUUUUCGUCACAAAUUAUUCAUUUGUCAAGCUUUUUAAGUUAUGUAAUUUCAACAGAUAAUGUUUGUUUGUUUGUUUUUAAAUUACACUGCUUGAUGGGUU